CGCAUGGCAGGUCUGAUCGGUCUGGGUGAGUUGGGGCUUGAAUGGAGCAAGACAAGCUCUCUGCCAUCCACUUGCUCGCUCAUUGCCUCCUACCACGCUCGCCAGAUGAGGAGACUGUCAACGCUCAGAUCUUACCUCUGCUCGACUCCUUCAAGGAUGCUCGCGCUCUGUCCAAUCAUCUCGAGGUAGGGCGCGGCAGAGGCUCUAUCAACGCUUCCGCUGCUCUCCUUUGCUGACCACCUGUGCACCUCUUCUGCGCUGCGCCACACAGGGCCUCCUGGG